UUAUUUGUUUGUUUUUGUAGAUUUUAGUAGACUGUAGAGUAGAGUUUAUGUACUAUUACUAGUGUUGUAGUAGUAGUAGGUUACCAACCUUACCAUCAAAAGCCCAGAGUGGUUGAUGUUGCGUGUUAGUUGUGCCGUGGCAACUGGCAAGUAGCCUAGUAGGUAGUAGUAGUUCGAGAGACUCAAAAUUAUUAGAACUUAGUUCUUGUGACGGCUUGUGUUGUGCUGUUUUUGUGUAUAUACGUAUAUUCAGACAAGAAUACAAGAAGUGGUGAUUAGCCUCGCAAUUUGUUUAUCAACAGUUGAAACAGUGGAUAUAGCUCAUUUCCCACUGUUCUGUAGCUCUCAUCACUACUAAACCGAGAUUGAUAUACGUUAUACUUUACUAUUGAAUUGUGAAUUUAUUUAUUCAGUAUUCUCUGCCAAGUGAACAUCAUUCGUGAAGGUUGAUUCAGUAGGUACCUAGUCAUAAACUAUGAAAGUCAUUUUGGAGAUAUAUGUGAAUAUUAUAUAAUAAUUUGUUGAUGGAUGAAAGAAUACUUUUAUUAAGACGAUCAAUCUGUAGAGUAACGUAUUCAAAACACACACAAAACAUGUGAUAAUAAGACAACCAACAUAACCUCAAUUUGGGAGGGGCAUUAUUUAUAGAUAAUAAUGACUUGAAAUUUAAACAAACUUACAACGUUGGCCAGUAUUUCAUUUGUGAUUAUUCUCCCAGUAAUUUCAUUCAUCGUUUUUCAUCUAAAUUAAGAGCAUAAUUUUACUCUAGAAACCCCUAUAUUGAACCUAAUAUCAAUAUUGUUUAUUGAGUUAUCUUGAGUUUCUGUAGACUUCAUAUUUGAUUUUAAUUAUUAAGUUCUCUUCUAAAAAAUAGUUAUUCUAUCUUUUAUUAGAUUGCUUCAAAUUAGUCAUAGUUGAGAAAAUCCUAUCAAAUGAAUGAGUUUGACCCUAAAUCAUGCAAUUCAAAAUAAUUCAUCCAGUCUAAAAAGCCUUCACUUUGUGGAAGAAAUCGUGGUCAUUCGUUCUUUUCUGGAGGAUGCAGAGAACUCAGACCAGGCGUGGUCCGGAAGCGAUGAUGCUGCUUAUCCGGAAACCAGGGAGGCGUCGGGCCCUCCAGUCCAGUCUGAGCCUGUAGAUCUGAGUAUUCGAGCAACAUCGCACUCGCACGCGCACUCUCCGCCUGUGCCUGUAGUGCUACACGUGCCUCGCUUCAAGCCCACUCAUCCUCAUCACAUCAAAACAGAAAAACCAAUAUCAGUAGCUGUAGCAGUUACAGUGUGCCGUCCAUGUGUGUCGCCCCCCUCUUCAUCUUCACCAUCGCCCUCUCCGUCAGCUUCAAUGUCAAUUCUAGCUGAAGAUUCCAUGGAAAGCUUACACCGACGCAAAGUACAUCGAUGCGAUGUAACUGGAUGCAACAAAGUUUAUACUAAAAGUUCACAUCUGAAGGCUCACAAAAGAACCCAUACCGGUGUUGAUGCUCUCACAUUCGUCUCUCUAAUGACAUUGCGUGUACACGUCUUAUUUGAACAUGGAUUGAAAACAAGGGGAAAAACCAUACCGGUGCUCGUGGGAUGGGUGCGCGUGGAAGUUCGCCAGAUCAGAUGAAUUGACCCGCCACUACCGGAAACACACGGGCCAAAAGCCAUUCAAAUGUCACCUAUGUCAACGAUCAUUUUCCAGAUCUGACCACCUAUCGUUGCACAUGAAACGUCACUGAUUGUAACUUCCUACCCGUAAAACACUCCUUUCAAUUUUCUUUAAAUUAAUAAUUAUCAGUAUCAAUUUCCAAUUUUUAGAACUCAUAUUAAAUCUAAUAAAACAUUAAAGUUAAAAGCUUCAAUAAAUCUCUAAAACAUUAGCAUAACAUUAUUGUUAGCAAACAUUUUGCUUAGCAAACAUUGCUAAUGUUUUGUUUAGCAAACAUUAUUACGUUGAGGUGAUUUCUAUCACCAUUCAAAUCAAAUUUAUUGGCAAAUCAAUUAAAAUUUACAAACAGGAAAAACGAAAUUCAGUUUCAUGACCUACAUUGAAAUAUUCUUCAAUUAAAUUGAAAAAGCCUGCAUUAUGUUACAUUCAAAGUUACUAGGCUACAAUAUAUUUUCAACAAAAAGUGCAAAAUACAUAAAUAAUUAAACUUAUACCACAAUAUAAUCCUCAUCCUAUAUUCUUAUUAGAUGAUUGCUUGUCUGACUAAACCAUUGUUAGCUUGCUCAUCUACUAUGAAAUCCAACACUUCAUCUUAAUCAUUAAUUAUCAUAAAUAAUCAUUUCAAUUGUUUUAAUUUCAUUUUUUUGCUUUUCAUGCACUUCAAGAGGCAAUGAGUUCAAAAGAUACGGCAUUCUGCAUUCUGGAGCUCUUUUGUCAUAGUUAUUGUUAAAUAUUCGAGAGGCCUAUAAAUUCCAUGUCACAAUCCAUAGUUUAUUUCAUUAAUUUGUCUUAAUAGGUUUUUGAAAUUAUCCUAUCAUUAAAAAUUAGUAUGGUGAUAGAAAUUACCUCAGUGUGAUAAUGCUUUAGAAAUGUGAUGUAACUUCAACUGUAAUGGUCCAUUGAACGAUUAGAUAAGAGUUCUAGAAACCUGGUACUCUAAGGCAUAGUUGGAUGCUAAUCCUAUUGUUGGUAUAAAACCAUAAAAAUGUAUGAUACCCAAACUUUAUUUUUAAAUUUCAUAAUAUCAAUAAGCUACAUAUUUAAAAAAAAACAAUUGCAAUUUAGUAAUGAUAUAUUAUACGAGGGUCAUUUUUUCGAACUUCCGCUUGACCAUAUGUAAAAGACGUGGGAAGGUAUAAAAAGAAUAAUAUUUUUACUUAAAUUUACUUACACUCAUGAUUAUUCUCCAUCAUAAUUGCCGUGUAGAUAAGGGCAUUUGUCAUACUAGUGAACCAGUCUACCAACUCCCUGUUCAUAAAAUGUUCUGCCAAAUGAAUUAAAGUGGGCUAUGACUUUGUUUUAGAGCUCCUCGUCAGUUUGGAAGCGCUGCCUUCUUAGUCAUGUCUUGAGUUCUCAAGUUACUAGUGGCCAAGUCAGGUUUGUAUGGUGAGUGAUCGAAAUAAUCACAUUUUAUUUGCUGAAGAAGCCGUUGAAGACGAAUUGUCAUGGAUCAUAACGUUUCCGGAAGUCAUUUCAACUCAUGCCAUUAAAUCUACGAUACCAUUAAUAUAUUUUUUCUGAGAAAGCUUGACUCAUUCUUCGGUAGAUUCGUGCUGAACUGUUGCCUUUUUCUUGCAAAAAUGAAGAACACUACACAAUUCGCACUUGGCGGGAGACUCAUUUUAUUCAGUAUAGACACUAUAUUCAGCGCCUAUAACUCAACAACAAUUGACAAUCACAGAGCGUUUGGUGGAGAGGUCACAUAAUUCAGCUAUGUGAAGAUUAUCGCCACCCUACCGCUUGUCGUGACAUGUGAGGUUGUCAAUCGGAGGUUGAAAAAAUGAACCUCGUAAAUCUACUAUCUUAUUAUUACAUACAGAGAUAUACUGUAAAAACUCUAAUGAUGGCGAAUGUGUAAUAUAUUAUAUAUAUGAAGUGUAUCUGUACAUUGAAAAUAAUGUAUAUUUCUAAUGAUACAGGAAAGCUAAAUGAUACAGGUUUUCUGCCAUGCAUAUGUUUGGCGGUUAUAGUAGUCGUAAAGUAAAAUCCUAAAGUGAAAAAACUAUACUUAUAUUAGUUGUAAACUGGACCACAGUUCUGGAGUACUCUUUGUGCUAAAUACAGUAGUCGACAGUAGGGUAUAGUUAUUAUAGUCGUGUUUUUUUGUUUUUUAAUUGAAUUUUGUAAAUAAUGUUUUAUUUUAUUUGAAUACAUUAUAAUGGGUUAUUGCAAUGGUUAAAAAAUAAUUCACAAAUCUGUAAUAGGGCGGCUCAUUUAAAGAAUUGUGCCUAGAAGAUGUGAAUUGUUUCUAUAUGCAUUUCGCAUCUUCUCCAACCAAAAAAUCCAAAUGUGAACAUAUAUUAUGAGUCAGUGAAGGAUUUAGAGAUGAUUUUUUAUUGUGACGCUUUUCAAACGAUCUAAUUUGAAAAUAUUACCAUGAAUAUGGUGGAAUAUUCGGUAAAUUUUGUAUCUAACCCAAAUUUCGCUAAUGUGCAAUACUCUACUAUUGAACAUGUUAUCUAUUUGAUGUUUUAAAUUCUAUACAUGUUAAUGAUGUUUAUUUUAUCACAUAUAGCAUAGAAAGAUGGUCGAAUUGAGCAUAGCGUUUAAUUGAUCUUCUAUCUACUAGGCUAACCAGUUAAUUUAAAAACAUAUCUGUGAAAAUACUUGCAACUAUCCUAACUAGUCCAAAGUCAACCCCUUUAAUGUUAACGUUUUGAAAAGAUGAGUACUGUCCAACCCUUGAUCUGACAAUGUAGUUGCAAUAUCGGCAUUCCUAAAAUUUGACCAACCCUCUUAAUCUUUAAAUCUUGGCAUCUUUACCUUAGCUACGUUACGCCGAAAUACGUCAUAUAUCCUCAAAGUGAAAUCCAAACUAAGAAUUUGUUCCGUUCACAUAAGCGUAGCGUAUUUUUCAAUAAUGAGAGAUAGGACGGUUAUGUCUUCCAAAGACGUAUUUCAGCGUAGCGUAGCUAAGUGUGAAGAGACCUUGAGCAUUCUAAGAUAUUUUUAAUAAUUUUAAAUAUUAUGUAAUCAACUCUUGAAAUUAUUUGAAUUUCAACAUUUUUAUUGACUCAACUCCAAUUUCAAAAACCAAAUUUCAUUUAUAACUAGUUAAAAUUCAAACCUUGCCAAUCAAGGACCAUCAAUGUCAUUGAUCUUUCUUUUAUUAUUAGUUUAUUUGGAUGGCUUCCUUCUGAACUAAUACAUUAUUGAAAUCCGUAUUGAAAACUCCUCAGUGAUCGCGAAAACAUCUCAACUGGGAUAUUAUGGAUUUAAUCCCGAAUUCUAUGUUUUAAUCUUUUAUCAAUUCAAAUGUAUUGAUCGAAUUGUGUGCUGCUGUGUGCCACGUCCAAACUAGACGGUGGUCAAUGGAAGCUUUGUGAAUGAGUAUUGUUUUAUAAUCAUGUCAUCUCUCAAUUCUGUUAAGUUUCCUGGCCCCAUAAAACGCUAGAUUUUUCCGUAUGCGAUUUUCUUUUUGUGGAGGUACCGCAAAUCAAAAGCUUUCACUACUCGACUAAUAACUGAAUUAGAGCAGAUAAUUCAGAAUGAAAGCAUAUUAUACCAGUUGUAAUGUUUCAAAAUAUCCUACACAGGUUUCACGCGCAGAAAGCAAUCUUUAAAGCGUAAUUUUCAAAAAAAUAUAAAUGUUAUCAAUGAUCAUUAAAUUGCAAGUUUUAAAGUUUUUAUUAUUAUGAUAAAAUUAUUUCUUCUCUUCUCACUUCUGUUUGAAGAGUUUUUUCAAGUUCCUGUUAUUCCGGGUCACUCUUUACUUACACCAAUAUUACUAUUUGAUCAUAUGAAAAAUAGAUGUGAAUCAUACAUUUUCAUUACCGGAACAUAAUUUUAUCCUGAAAUUUUAUAUGUAAACUAUUUUUAUUUGUAGGAAGGACAAUUAUCUAGAGAUUAGAAUCAUCAAUUUUCCAAAUCUCCAGAUAUAAAUAAUAAUUGCACUAAUUUGAAUUUUAGGCCCGAUCAAAUCAUGAAAUUGAUUCUCCGAUUUCGUAAGAAACAGGUUCAAUCAAAUUUUGAAUCUUCCUGUAUCCUCUCAUUUUGAUAUGGAAUGUAGUUACAUUAUUUGCAUUACUUUAACAAGUUUUAAUGUCAACUUUGUGAUAAACAUUAUUUUUGUGUAUGUCGUUUAAAAUUAGAUUUUCUGUUUAAUUCUUCGCCUACUAUGUGAAUAAA